AUGACUUUCCUUCCUUGUUCUGGUGUUCAUCGUGUAAGCAGUAACCUGUGUUCCUCCUCAAGGCCACUUGUGGCUGGCACCUUCAUCCACAAAAACGACAAAGGACAAGUACUUGCUCGGAAAAAGAUAUAUGCGAACCAAGAAAUAAUCAUCGGUCGUGACAAGGCCCGUUGUCAGUAUGUCAUAGAUGAUCCUUGUGUCUCGCAAAAACACGUCAGAAUCUACACAGUCGUCUAUGAGGAUGACGAACCCAAUGAAAUGGAGACUCUGAUCUACGCCGAGGAUUUGUCCCAAAACGGCACCUAUUGGAAUGGCUCCAUCAUCGGUAAGGGAAAUGGUGGCUACUUGUUGAGUGACCAAGACGUUCUAAGACUGAGCUCCCGGACGAGUCUCGUUUUCAGUGGAGUGACUGACAGCUCGUCAAAUCUCAAUUUCGACCUUACGCAGGAGCUGGAGAUGGGGCGUUUCCGCAACCAGUAUGUCAUAACAGACAGAUUGUUGGGCGCUGGAACCUUCGGCAGGGUCUUCAUGGCAAUUGAACAACACGCACGAGCACAGGUCGCGUGUAAGAUUGUCGAUCUGCGGAAGCUUAUCGGAAAACCUUUCAACUUUGGACCUCCGGAUCAACCGGCCGCGGCGGAAGACGUCGACUUUCGAGCUGAGCUCCGGAAAGUCAAGGCUUGGGGCGAUCAGCAGAAACGAGAGGAUCGGCUGGAAGACAAAUUGAGGCUAUAUUUCCGAGAGGUCGAGAUACUGGCCUCGAUCAGCCAUCCUAAUAUUAUCGGAAUCGAGAAAGUUUACGUGAUGGAAAACACAGUGUAUAUGAUGCAGGACCUUGUCACCGCAGGUGAUCUGUUCUCUUACAUCGAAUCCAAGAACGGCCGGCUCCUCGAGGUUGAAGCGGCUGUCAUCAUUCGACAAAUACUUGUCGCUCUAGCUUUCCUUCACAAUAACAACAUUGUGCACCGAGACAUUAAGCCAGAGAACAUUCUUAUGACGAGCUUGUCUGCCGGAUGUCGCGUGGUGUUGACGGAUUUUGGUGCUGCACGCCGUAUUGCUGCUCCGCGGUCUCGCAUGAAUACAGUCUUGGGGACCCGCGAGUAUGCUGCGCCUGAGACCUUAAGACAGCCACGCGACAGACAGCAAACGGCACGACCUGGCUACACACGCGCAGUCGAUAUGUGGUCUCUCGGUUGUGUUGCUGUCGUUCUUCUUACAGGUGGACUGGCCUUCUGCGAUCCCUCCACGAACACGUACUCGGAGAAGCUUGCCAGAGAAUGCGAUUUAAGAUUCCUUCAGGACUCGCAGGAAUGGCGGAAAGUCAGAGAGAGGCCAAAAGACUUCGUCGAGAAGCUUUUGGUGCUUGACGAGACAGCAAGACCGUCAGCCGACGAAUCCUUGAAACACCCAUGGUUUUCGAAUGGCAUGCAUAAGAAUGAUUUUGAGGACCUUUACCAGAGGACGGUCAAGCACUGGCAUCCACGGGCGCCAAAGUCUCCACUGAUUGAUUUUCAGGAGGGUGGUGUCACAUACAAGUAUAUGUCACGACCGACAGACCUCCAAGACUUUGGCAGAAGAUGGCUGGGCCGGAACCAGAAGCCAGUCGAACCACCAUACAAGCCAUUCCCGAGAAACAUGCACCUGACAUUUUGGCCCAAGAGGGAUCCGAAGAGGAGGCUAUCUGACGAAGUUCUUCAGGCAAUCGAUAUGUGGGGUACGAGCUCUCGACGUAGCGUAGAUGGCACAGUAAGAUCCGCUACACGAGAAGAAUUUGACCUAUCGUCGAGGUUCUGGGGCAAAAGCGAAGAAACAAAUCCGAGACACUGUAGGGCAAGGACAGUGUCCCCACCAUUCAUGCCUCAAGAUCAACACGUCCAAAGACCGCACGGAAACAUCAGGGGUGAUCAAUUAUCGGUCAUCAUACCCUGCUCGACAGGGAGAGAACAUUCAGCGAAAGACACUGACAGUCAAGUGGAGGAGCUGGUAGGAAGACCUCCUACAGCGACACCUCAAAGAAGUCUGUGCAGGCGAGCCAGAUCCAUGCCUCCGAUGAGUUACAGUGCACACGGGGAGUCGCGCGCCAAAGUCCCCACUGCUGCUAAUAAAUCCGCCAAUACCCGAUCUGGGAAGCGACCAGAGGAAGACACGGGCGGGAACGAGAAUCUGUCCUUCACGGCUGAUAUCAUUCCAUCAUCUCCUGCCCGAGGCGAGAACCCAAUCGCGGAUUUGUCCGACCCAGAUGGAGAAAGGCAUCACGACAUGAGCUUGCAGACGCUGCAAAGGGGGCAUGGACUUAAGCGGAGAACAAGCACACCAUUGAACGACCGGAGAAAGAAGAAGCAGCGUGGGUCUAUCUUCGACUUGGCCGAAGAUGAAGAUGGAGAUAGUGACGACGACGGAAGCCUAAAGCGGACAACAGCCACGCUGGUCAAUCGUCCAAAGGCGCCGACUGCGAUUCCAUUUAUUCCACGAAAUUUGUAUCUCCCACGAUAACCAUUUCCACGAGGAACGGACAAUAAUGGUGGAAUUGGCAUGGGGAGGGAAAGAAAGAGCUGUAUCCCAGGGCAAAAGUUGUUGUUGCUUACAUUUCCAAUUGCAGCGUUGGCGAAAUAUGGGGUCGUUUGUGCUACAGAUGCUUCUCAGACAACGUGACUAAUACUACUAUUCUAUGCAGCCACUACAGCCAGACAGAUAUUACAAAUCUGAG